UAGUAUAAUAUAGUAUCUUGAUAUUUCUACAUUUAGAUCUAAUUUUCGAGGCUUUUAUAGAUUAAAAAGUCAAUUAAAUAAGCAUAUAAAAUAAAAUACUCGGAAAAGUGUACAUUUCUAAGAUAGAUAGAAAUUUUGUACCUAAUUUUAUAUAGAUCUAGCUUCCACUGAUCCUGGUCCAUAUCUGAAAACAUUUUCAUCAAUGAACCUAUUUACUAGAUCUAGUUCUCUGUAAAAGUUGAGCACAUCACUGGCAAUCAUGUCUAAAUUGCUAUUCAAAGCAGUGAAGUGUCCUUCAGAGGAUCUUUCUAUCACAAAUGCAGUUAUUGUCAAUGAAAUAGACUUCCAAAAUAAGAGCCUUGUCCUUGACUACCACAGGCCUUAUGUAUCAGUUACAACACUGGAUAGUAACCUGCCUCAUCUGUUUACCUUACUAGCUUCCCCUGGUGUGAAGCAAGGCCAGAUGGGGUUCAAUGCACAGCAUCGCAAAUGGGCAAGUAUAAUGCUCAAUGCAGAUAUCAGAGUUGAACCAAGGAGGCUUAACCCUAACACAGACAGUAUAGCUCAGAUUACUCUAGAAACAGACUUUUUAAAUAAAAAAAAUCAGCAGCAGACGACACUGGAUAGUGACAAAAUGGCUGCAGAGUUUAGCAUGCUCUUUGUGAAUAGAGCUUUCACUGUUGAGGAGCCAUUGGUAUUUAAAUAUGACAAAAAGCUAUACUCUGCCACAGUGAAAAACAUUGAAGUCAUGGACUUCUCAAAACUUAAUCCUAAAAGUAACAUGGCGGGUUCUCCUAAGGCUGCCCAUGAAGGAUUUUUAACUGCCAACUCAGUCAUAGUAUUUGAAAAAGUGGAAGGCUCACUCAUCACAUUCACUGGGAAGUCAAAAGGGAAAACAGCUCACACUUCUAUCAUCAACCCAGACUGGGACUUCACCAAACUGGGGAUUGGUGGACUUGACGAUGAGUUCAGCGGCAUUUUCAGACGGGCCUUUGCUUCCAGAGUUUUCCCUCCUGAAGUGAUUGAGCAGUUAGGCAUGAAACAUGUCAGGGGUAUCUUACUCUAUGGACCACCUGGUACAGGCAAAACUUUGAUGGCCAGACAAAUUGGUAAAAUGUUGAAUGCCAGAGAGCCCCAGAUAGUCAAUGGCCCACAGAUUUUGGACAAGUAUGUAGGAGAAUCUGAGGCCAACAUCAGAAAGUUAUUUGCUGCCGCAGAGGAAGAGGAGAAGAGGAGUGGUGCUGCCAGUGGACUUCACAUCAUUAUAUUUGAUGAAAUAGAUGCCAUUUGUAAAGCAAGAGGCUCUGUGGCGGGUAACUCUGCUGUUCAUGACACAGUGGUCAACCAACUUCUGACUAAGCUCGAUGGUGUGGAGCAACUCAAUAAUAUUUUGGUCAUAGGUAUGACCAAUAGAAAAGACAUGAUUGAUGAAGCCCUGACCAGGCCUGGCAGGCUGGAGGUCCAGAUGGAGAUUGGUCUCCCAGACGAGCAUGGCAGAGUUCAGAUCCUCAAUAUCCACACAGAAACAAUGAGGAACCACAAAAAGUUGGCUGAUGAUGUAGACAUCUCAGAGCUGGCUUCUCUGACCAAAAACUUCAGUGGUGCAGAGAUAGAGGGUUUAGUGAGAGCUGCUCAGUCCACAGCCAUGAAUAGAUUGAUCAAGGCAACAUCAAAGGUAGAAGUUGAUACAGAGGCCAUUGAAAGGUUAAAGAUCACUAGGGCAGAUUUCUUACAUGCUCUUCAACAUGAUAUUAAACCAGCUUUUGGAAGCAGUAAAGAGGAGCUUGAUGUUUUUGUUAAUCAAGGAAUACUCAGUUGGGGUGAACCUGUCAGCAGAGUACUGUCAGAUGGGGAGCUUGUGGUAUCACAGAUAAGAAACAGUGACCAGAUCUCCCUAAUGACUCUCUUGUUAGAAGGUCCGCCUGGAGCAGGCAAGACUGCACUUGCUGCCAAAAUUUCUAAAGACUCUGAUCUUCCAUUCUUGAAACUCUGUACUCCUGAGAAUAUGAUUGGCUAUACUGAAGCUGCCAAGUGUCAAGUUAUUAAAAAGAUAUUUGAUGAUGCCUACAAAUCACCACUGAGCUGUAUAGUCAUUGAUGAUAUAGAGAGGCUGUUAGAUUAUGUUGCUGUGGGCCCACGAUUCUCCAACUUAGUACUACAGGCCAUGUUGGUACUGCUGAAAAAAAAUCCCCCGAAAGGUCAUAAACUCCUCAUCAUUGGAACAACCUCACGCAAGGAUGUCCUUCAAGACUUUGAGAUGCUUCCACUUUUUAAAACUGUCUGCCAUGUUAGUGCCAUCAGCUCAAGUGAGCAGCUUAUUAAUGUGCUCCAGGAGUCUGAGGAUUUCACAGACAUUGAGAUCAGCAUCAUCUUGAGGAAUACUACUGGCAAACGAUUGUUCAUUGGUAUCAAGACUCUACUUACUGUCAUAGACAUGGCUAAGCAAAUGGAAAAAGGCCAAAGAGCAGAGAAAUUUAUUCAGUUAUUAGAAGAUCUAGGUGCUAUAGAUUAUACAACUUAAGACUCCUGGCAGACUUGUUUCUUGGUUAUUAUUUUCUGUAAACUAGAGACAUUUAUUUAUUAAUUAAUUUAAACCUACUUCUGUAUUCCUUAAGUAGUCUAAGUUAAUAGUUUCUUUUUGUUAUAUGAUAAUAUUUUUUUUACUUACUUUUAAAAAUGGAACAUACUUUUGCAAAUAAUUUGUUACUGAACGAUGUUUGAAUUUUUUUGUGAUGUUUUUAAGUCAGUUGUGAUUUUUCAUUGAAGGCCUAAGCUAGUCAACCUUAAAAUUUGUUUUUAAAAUAUCACAAGUAUUUUAAUGGACCAGGAAAAAUACUUCAUUAAAAAAAUCAUCAUUAUUUAAGACCUGCAUAUAAAGAUAUCUGUAAACCUUUCUUUCUAAAACUCAAACAAUAAAUUUUCUCAAAUUGAAAAACAAAAUAUUUAUUCUCAUCUAAAAUGAUCAUGGUUUAUUAUCAGUGAUAAACUUGUCAGAGGUCUUUGCCCGCUUUCUAUACAAUGUUUUGCAGUCUAAGGUGUUCAAAAAAAAAUGUUUCCCUUUCAGACCCUGCAAUUUAUGAAACAUAUGAUGCAAAGAUCUUUGUUUCUCUGGCCCACGAUUAAUGAAUGUGUCAUGUGGCCAGCACAACCAACCGUCUUUACUUUUUUCCCUAUUAAUGUCAGGUACCCAUUUGUGCUGGGUAGACUAAGACUGCUUUAUUGGUCCUUAUGGAAAUUUGUUGUGAUUACAAGGACUCUUUUCUCUUGCAGAAACAUUCACAUAAAUAAUAGACUCAUAGGUGCCCUAAAGAUCUCAAAUUUAAAAAUCCUAUUCUUCAUCAGGAUUUGAACCUGGAACCCUGCGGUUCAUUUGAAAGGUGUUACCUGGUGACAUUUUCUCAUUCUUGACACGGGCAUAUCUCUUUUAAAAAAAAUUUAAAGGUUUUAUAUUCUAUUCUAUUACAAAGUGGGAUCAUCAUUCAAGUGGGAUUCCAUUCUUUAGGUUUAAACUUUUUUCUACUCGAUAAAGUGUAUUGCUAGAUUAACUAGAUAUCUUUUCUACUUCAAUGUGUAAAAUGUUAGUUAAAAUCAUAGUGUGAUAUAUUUUACUGUCUUAUUGAACUAAGCUUGUCUGGUCAUUGAGUUGAAGCUUUCUCCUGUCCUUGCGGGAGUUCCAGAGUUUCCCAAUUCACAAAAAACAUCUUACCCCAUAAGACAACUCAAUGGACCAGUCUGUAUGUUUUACCUUUGUUGUAGAUUAAAUCAUUUUUGAUCUUCUAGUUUCCAGACUUUUAAAACUAUUUUGAAUGUAUUUUUUUCUUUGACUGUUAUGUAUUAUUUCACAAAUGUAUCUGCACAAAUUUGUGUUAACUCCUGACAGUAUUGAAAAAUUGACAUCUCUUUAAGUUGCUAAGAGUGGAAGAAAAUAAAGCAAGACCAAAUAGAUAAGUUUGUAGUGUUCAUUGUAAGCAUCUCACAUUGGUGGAAUUUGUACUAAAAAUAUUAUUUUUAUUUUUUAUUUUUUUUUUUUUAUAUAUAUAUAAUUCAUGUAGAGUUGUUAACAGGCAAUAAAAUAUGCAGUUAAAAAUGUUUAUAGUGUUUACAACAUUCCUGGGUUUUUAAUUUAUAGUGAAAUCUUGGGAUUAUACUUGUUUCUUAAUGAUAUUCCAUUUCUUGUGCAUUUUUCUACAUUUUUCACGCAUAGUUUUGUUUUAGCCAUAUACUUUAAUCUGGAGCUUAUUUAAGGGUCACCUGUUGUUUUUGUGCUGUCAUGUUUAGAUCUCAAAAACAAAAAGCUCUAUGGAAAAUCCAAUUACACUUUCACUUGUAAAUGUUUGAAUUAAAUACAAUGGCUACUUUGGUCUUCUGAAAAGAAACUCAUUUGUUGUUAAAAAUUAAAUAUGCAAACUGCUUUUUCACACUUCUACAAACAAACAUUUGUAGUUAUAAAACUGUUUAGCUCUCAAAGUGAGAAAAGCUUCAAGGAAAUAGUUGAUAAAACUGUGUUGACUUCAACAGCACAUUGCUUUAAACUUUAUUUGUGUCUAUUGGUAGUUUUCAAAUGAUUGUAAUUGUUAGCAAUGUAAAUUGUGUAUUUACAAGAUGAAACAUCUACUUAAGAUCUCCUCAAUGCUUACAUUGACAUCAUCUAGAACAUGCGGUUUGUACAAACUUGUAUAUGAAUAUUUCUAAAACAAGAUUUUAAAGGAAGUCUGUGUUAACCUGCAACUCUCUCGGCUAUUAGUAUGUGUAUAAAUUGGUGAGUGAUUAAUCUGCAGGUGCUGCCUACAAGUUGAUGUGUCACACACAUUCCUUUUUUUUUUAAUUGAAUUCAAUUUUCAAUUAAUAUACUUUUUUUUCCCCUUUUCGAAGUAUGAUGAAUUAGACUUAAGCUUAUUUUUCUAAAUCAUGUUUUUUAAAGGUACGCUAUCAAAAAUGUACUAUAAAUAAAAAAAAAAUAUCUAACUAUUCAUAAAUAAAAUAUGUUAAAUAGCUUGUAACAGGUUGUAUAUAAAAAUGGCUCUAGGACUAAUACAGAGUUGUAGAUUGUGCCUUCAAACUUCUUCCUACUGCAAUAUAAAUAUUAUAUAUUACCUAAUAAUGCAAUACUUUAAAAAAAAAGAAAACAAGGAUUCCAUUGAGUCAGCAGCAAAUCAUUCUGUGUAGUCAUGGAAUUUGAACUAAUAAAAGAUAUCUAACAUAUAACUCUGUUAGAACUAUAGUCACCUAAAAGUGUCUGCCCUUGGUUUGGCCGAACCAUAUUUUACUGUAUCUGGUGUUCAAAUUCCCCACUGUUGUUUUAUCUUGCAAACAUGACUUUAACACUCACAAUUGUAUUUAAACAAUGAUCAAUAGUAAAGAAUUUAACACACCCCCUUUAAAAAAAAACAACCCACUUUAGUCAUUAUUCUGUGUAGUCUUUAUUCACCUGAACUGCGUACGUUUUAAUGGUAAUAAAUUAAAAAAGAAAAAUGCAAUGAAAGUUAUUGUGAUAUAAUGUUCCACUCUUGAAAUAUAGCUUUACUUUGAACGGAAGGUAGAUAGUCUUCGUUGUUUUGUAUUUGUCUCUGUGAUUUAUUUCAAAUUAGUUAAGCAAAUUGUUUAGCUCUACUUGUCUGUAGACUCAUCAAAUAAGCAAAUUGUUUAGCUCUACUUGUCUGUAGACUCAUCAAAUAAGUAAAAUGUUUAGCUCUACUUGUCUGUAGACUCAUUAAAUAAGCAAAUUGUUUAGCUCAACUUGUCUGUAGACUCAUCAAAUAAGCAAAUUGUUUAGCUCUACUUGUCUGUAGACUCAUCAAAUAAGUAAAUUGUUUAGCUCUACUUGUAUGUAGACCUAUUGACCUGUCAUUUCUUGUCGAUAGUUGAACUGAUAUUUAUCAUUCACUUAGUAACUGUAGCUGCGCAGAAGAACAAUAUUGAUCUACUUUGUCUUUGAUCAUGCUAUCUAAAGUAUACAUUUUGCCUACCAGAGUGUUGUCGUACUGGCUGAAGUUUUGUCUCAAGAUAUGAGGCAAGGAGAGCAUCCAGCAUGAAAGAACUUAGAGCCAACAACAGGCUUAGAGCAGAAUCAAGCUUGUCUACAGUAGACUCUACUUACCCAUGCAAUGUGUGUCCCCGGCUUUUUAAACCGAGGAUUGAACUUUAUAGCCAUUUUUUAGUUCUUAGGAAAUGAGAAAUGGGCUCAUCUUCCACCACAAAGGAUUAGAUAUAUAUAUAUAUAGUCUUCUUUUUAAAAAGAGGAUUUUUUAGUUACAUCCUUUAUUUUCUGGUUACUUGAACCAACAGAAAAUAAUGAACAAAAUAUGUUGGACAUAAUUUCUUUGACCUUUUUUGAGUUGUGAAGAUUAGACAUGUAGAAUUUCUAAAAUUAAUAAGAUUAGCUGGCUAACUUGAGAAUUAAGUGGUGAUACACUUAGGAUUGAAUGUACAUCAUGUUUUAAACAUGCAAUUAAAAUUAAGGUUUUUAUCUUAUCAAAGAUUAUUCUUUUUUUCUUUGUUUAUUUUUUCCCCUACUUAUGUUUUUAUUAUGCAUGUGUGAUUAAACAAGUGAGGAAAUGUUCAGAAGGUAUGAACUUUGUUUGGCCAUUAUUAUUUGUUCAUAGAUGAACUAAUGUUUACUAUGUUUUCAAGUGUUAUGUGAAGUUGUGGAGUUUAUUAUUAUUAUUAAAAGGCAAAAUGAAACACUAAUAUAUUUGUACUAAAAUAAGCAUUAUGUCACAUCCUUUUACCGUUUCCAGCACUUCCUCAUAGAAACAAUAAAACUUAUUUUAGUUAAUAUCUUAUAUUAUACAGAUGUUACUUCAAAAAAGAAGAUGAUUAUGUCCUACGAGUCAUACAUUUAGUCAUGCAUAUUAACCAAUGACCUAAAUUCUGCUACUACACUGGUUUUCCUGGCUAGCUCAGGCAAGCCAUUCCAUGCUCUAAUAGCACUAGAGAAGAUAGAUAGAUAGUGUUAAAAGUUGUGGAAGUUGGUGUUGUUUUUUUUUCAAA